ACUAAUUCAAAUUAGUAGUAGUUUUUCCCUUGGUUAGGACGGUGCUAACUAUUGUACAAUUAACACCGUAACUCCUCCCGAAGUCUGUAGUACCGUGCCGGCACUAGUGUCGUUAGCUUGUUAACCGUUUGGAUUAAAAAUGUUUAAUGAGAACCAUUGAUGAUAACCAAUAAUUAACCAGAGUAGGUUGAACUUAUUUUACUUCUCGUUCCAAGCACCCUGCCCAGGGGCGGACUCAGGGGGGUUUGGGGUGUCCCCGGACACCCCUAAAUUUUGGGAAAACGAUUAUCCAACCCCGGUGGUAAUUUACGUAUGGACAAAAAAAUAUAAUUGAUAGUGAGGGACACCCCUUAAAUUUAAAAAAAAUGAUUAUCCUAUUCUCAUUUGUGUAUAGGAAUAUAAGUGGUAGGUUGAAUAAUUCAAAUAUAGAACACUAUUAUUAUUAAUAAACUUAAUUUCCGUUGAACUAAACUCAUUUGUUGUUCGAUUUUGAACAAUGUGUAAUAGUAAAAUGGCAUUCACUAUCUCUAAUUAUUUUAAAAACCUAACAAUUAAACUAAUUUCAAACUACCCUUAAUUUGUAUUGAUUUUAUGAUUGUACGACAAGUGUUGAAAGAGUCUUUCAGUUUUGGGUUACAUCAAGAACAAGUUUACAAAUCGAAUAUGCGAUAAGUUCGUGAAUGAAUGUCUAGUAGUGUAUAUAGAGACAAUUUUUUUAACACUAUAGACACCAAGUGUAUUCUACAAUUAUUUUCGAAUAUGAAAGCACAUCAUGGAUACGAGUAAGAUAUUUUCAUAUUUACAAUUUUAUUUUUAUUAAUUAUUUUUAUUUUUAUUUAAUUCAUUUUUUAAAGAGGACACCCCUAUGAAAAAUUUAUGGGUCCGCCACUGACCCUACCCUGCCGAAAAGUUUCGUAAGGAAAACGGAAAAUACACAAUAUGUAUUCUCUUGAUCGCCGGCGGAAAGGGUUGGUGAACACAGACACACAAAAUGAUCUAAUAGCGCAAAGGCGAUGAUGGUGUCGAUUGCCACGGCAGAGAGUAUGUUGGGAAUGAUUGGGUAGCGAGAACAGGGCUGAUGACGGUCGUGUUUUUUGCCGACGGUGGUUUGGGAUUUGAGUAGUCAUGGCAAAUCGGAUGGGGAAAUUGAAAUCGACGGUGAUUAAAACGAGGGGGAGGAGCACGAAUUAGAGAGGGGAACAACUGAAAGAUUAGGCAAAAUUGUUGAAUCUGGAUAUAAUCAUCUUUUCGCGCCCUAGAUGUUGAUGGUGAUUUUGACUGGCGGGGGUCGCGUCAUGGGUGAUGGCCGAAUAGUGGCAAAGAUGAUUAUUCUGGCGAUAACCAGAUGGCGACGACGAGGCCGAUGACGAUGGUGAAUUUCAGUGACAAAGGGUUCCGUAUUUUUGUGGUGAUGGUUCGAUCGACGACAACAACAAUUGCUGAUUUGCGGUGGAUUAUCGAUGCAACUUCGAUGGAGUCGCCGUACAUCACAAUGGAAGCCGGAAUGACCAAGCAGAGAACAAAGGAUUGGAAGAGAAAGGAAGUUGCCUUUCUUUGCUUUUUAACCUUUUAAUUUAUAUUUUAUUUUAUUUUAUUUAACUACUAAACCAGACCCACAGAGUAAAUCUCAAUCCCAAUGAUCUUAACCGGUCAGAGAUAAUGACGGCACCGGUGCUAUCACAGUACAUAGAAUUGCCGAUAAGGUCAUUGUCCUAUUCAAGUGUUUGGUGUUUAUGUUCUUCACAUGCCACCCGAAUGCACGAUUUUCAAGUAUAAUAAUGCCACACUUCCUAAAGAGAAUAAAAACUCUUAUUCCUUGAUUUGCUAGUGAUAUGUGAUCUAGGGAGGCUCGUGUAGUGAUAUGAAGGAUGUCCUCAUCAUGGGACAUUGACCAAUCUUAAAACGUAAGGAUAUGUGUAUCUCACUACCUUUGGAGCUCUUAAACUCCAAAUCUUGAGUCAUUUUCUCUUAACAGCAAAAAAAGGCAAUAUGUUCCUUAUUACAAACUAAAACCUACCCUUCACAACAAGUCUACCUAAAAGAUGUUGUCACAACAACUAAAGUGUGGGGUAAAAUGCUAAUUGUGAGGUAUCCUAUCAUUGUAAAAAUGGGUUUUAGAAGAGAUACUAGUUGAAUUUCAGUGGGGAAGUACUACGAGAUGAUGUUGGUUCCUCUCUAAUACAAGUAAACAUUUCUCCCGUAGAUAGGACUGCCACUUGAGGAUGUGCUUUCAAGGGCUUGGAUAAAACUUCCGACACACCUUGACUUCAAUGACCCUUUGCACGCUAGAGGAAAAUAAGUUGGAAGAAGCCCCUAUCGGAGUGCUAGGUGUGCAAAAAUUGCUCUUGCUUAAUCAGGCUGCCCAUUCCCAGAAUACAAGGUAAUUUAAACCCACUUUCACAAAAGUGCUAAAGGCUAGGCAAUAUAACAUGAGAAGAGAGAUCACCUAAAGUUUCCUCAAUAGACUGCCACAUGGUAGGGAUUCGCUUAAACUCUUAAUCAAGCUACAUAUGUUGCACCCCAUGUCCCUAGAAAGACUCGAGUUGAGGAAAUGGCUCGAUCUUGUGGGAGACAAACUAUUUCGUCCUUAAAGUACAUUUCACACAUCAUCACUAUCGUCGUCAAAGGUCUCUGAGUGCGAGGGUUGACCUUGUAAGCUACUUAUGCCCCACUACCUAAGAUCUGUAGUCACAUUUCAUCUUAGAUGUCUACUAAGAUAUACGUUUGUGAACUAAGCUUUGCUUAGGGAGAAGCAAAGUUCAUGUGUGGGGUUAUUUGAUCACACAUUAAUAUGCUAAUUUAUACCCUCAUAUUACGACCAAAAGUGCAUUGAAUUUUGUCAUAAUACCUUGAGUUUGCUAAACGAAUGCUCAAAGUGUGCUUGCAGUUUUUUUUAUCAGUGUGAUGAGCUUUUUUUUCCUUUCAGAACCAAGCUACCACAGGACUUUCUCUCUCUAAUUCAAAUUCACUCUCCCUUCUUUAUAAAACCCAAUCUCCUUUUCUUCGUUUCAGGGCUGGCGCCAGCACCUCUAGGUGUCCGGCGGUGGCCCAAGCCUCCUAGUCCGUUUUGAUUUCCCCUCCUAUUUCAGCUUUCUGUUGGCUGUCUUUCUCCUUUCCUUUCCUUCCUUUCAAGCCCUUUGUGCCCUUUCCCUGUUCCCUUUGUGGGUUCUUUCAUCAAUCCUCUCCAAUAGAGAUGGAUUUAUUUUGUGGCUGAUUUAGUUGUUUCUAGAUCUGGGCUUGGUCUUUGGAAUAUGGAUUAUGCAGAUUGGGUGCCGCUUCCAGAUCUGCAUUGGUGGCCUUCCUCCAAUCUGGUGGUUUCAUCGUUUCUGGUGAAUCCAUCCACCAUCUUCCUUUCUGCCUUCCCUUGGCGGUUUGGAACUGUAUUUCAGGUGCUCGACGGAUUGUGGGUGGCGGUGCCUUUUCCAGAUGCCGCGGGGUUGCGCUUCUGUUCCCCGGAGUUUUGUGGUCAUUCGCUCUCCUUGGUCAUGGUCUUCUCUACCUCAGUUUCCUUUGCCUUUUCAGCUUGGAGCAGUCCGAUUCACAUCCCUUUCCACCGCCAUGUAAUCUUAGUUUCAAGAUUCACUUUGAUGGGUCGUCUUUGAACGGCUCCCAGGAGGCGGCUGAUGGCGUCGCUGAGUUCAUUCGUCAUGGCCUUAGUUGUGUUGGAUGAGAUGAUUCUUUGCUUGUUUCUACUCUGAUUGUUUUGGAAUCAAGAGGACUUAUGGAUUUGCUGUGGUCUUUUUUAGAGUUAGCUCCCUUGUUGGGUUGUUUCUCUUUGUGCUUUGCUCUCUGAUGUUAUUCCUCUCAAGCAUAUUUUGCUUCAUCCUAUUGCAGAUGGCUCCUCUAUUUUGGAUCUAGCUUCCUCUGUUUGCUCCUUUUGUAGCCGAUCUUUUAGAGUAAUACAAGCAUUCCCCUUUGUAAAAAAAAGUGUGAUGCGCUUUUGAGCAGUAUGCGAACAUUAUCAUGUCAAAGCAUCACUGUCGACCACUUAGGUGCAUUAGGGACAGUAAGGCUCAUCAGAUGUGAUCAGAACUUGAAGCGGCGGAUGCACCACCUUUGUGAUGAAUUGUCAUCCCCAACCCUCAAAUGACCCCAAAAUGCUGAAACACAAGUAAAAGAGGCGCACCUCAAAAAGUUAGUACACGCGUCAUUUCGCCCUUCAAGCAGCUCGGGCUUAGGAUAGGGUUAGUAACCAAUUGUUACUGACCUAUGAGUAAGUAAAUCUAGACCUUUAGAUCUAAGUGGGUCCAGAAAAUUCAGAUCUAAGGGUUGUCAAUUAAAGGCAUUUUAUUUUCCCUAGUUUUCUUAAUUGGCUCUUAUCUUCUUCGUUAUAACUCGGAUUUAAAAUAUAUCAAAGUGGAUAUAAUUUUAAAGAGCACAUUUAAUCUGAUUUCGAGAUCAAUUUUCAAUAUAUUUCGAGAAACUUUUUUUUUUACCAACUACAUAUCAUAUGGUAACUUCUUUGUUUUUAAGUCGUUUUUGAAAACGUUUGCUUAGAAGGAACGAGUUCAUCAUAAUCUAUUGGAUCUAUAAAUUUCUAGGUGAAAAAAAUACUGGAUAAAAAAUAACCAUACUUUACCUCUAUGGUAUGUGGGUGGUAACUUGUGGUAACUUGUAGUAAACAAUGAUGAAACUCGUAAAUGAUAGUUAGUAUACUACUACUAUCAUGUAUUCAACCUUCUUACCAUAUUGGUACGCUUUCUUACCAUAUGGUAUUAAAUAGGAGCAUACCAUAUGAUAAUGACUGGUAAAAAAUUAUUCAAUUUUUUUGUACUAAAAAUAUAUCAAAGUGGAUAUCAUUUUAAAGAGCAAAUUUAAUCUGAUUUACCUGUGCAAAAAAAAAAAUCGACUUAAAACGAGAAAGAAAUCGUCCGUUAAAUAUUGAAGGGGAAAAGAUAAAAGACUUUUCAGGAG